CAUAAACAAAGCUUGCCUGGGUUUCACUCUAACAGGAGCUUUUAAAAUGGCGCAAGCUGGAGUUUUCCUGGAGCACGACCAGUUCAACUGUUCCAUAUGUCUGGAUGUCUUAAAGGACCCUGUGACUAUUCCAUGUGGUCACAGCUAUUGUAAAGGCUGCAUUAAAGGAUACUGGGACCAAGACGACAAUCUGGGUAUUUAUGGCUGUCCUCAGUGCAGACAGACCUUUGCACCCAGACCUGUGCUUGGCAGGAACACCAUGCUGGCUGAUGUCGUUGAGAAACUAAAGAAGACAGGGCUCCAUGCUGGGCCAACAACCUCUGAUCCGAGCCAAGCCAAGCCAGGGGACGUGGAGUGUGAUGUAUGUUCUGGAAAGAAAAACAAAGCCUUUAAAUCGUGUCUGGUUUGUCUUGCGUCCUAUUGUGAGACCCACCUUCAACCUCACUUCGAGUCCCCGGCCUUUCAGAAACACAGUCUGGUGUCUCCUUCAAAGAAGCUACAAGAACAGAUGUGCUUUCGACACGAUAAGCUAUUGGAGGUUUUCUGUCGCACGGAUCAGCAGUGUAUUUGUUACCUUUGUUUAACCGAUGAGCACAAAGGGCAUGACACUGUUCUGGCUACAAUAGAGAUGAAUGAGAAAAAGAAUGCUCUCGUGGAGAUGCAGAGGAUUUCCCAGCAGAGAAUUAAGGAAAGAGAGAAGGAGUUGGCUGACCUGAGACGGGCUGCACAGAUGCUCACACUUUCCGCACAGACAGCACUCGACGAGAGUGAGCGUAUUUUCACAGAACUGGUGUGCUCUAUAGAGCGGCGCCGCACUGAAGUGAAGGAGCUGAUCCGAGGUCAGGAGAGGGCAGCAGUGAAUCAGGCUGAAGCAGUUCUUCAUCAACUGGAACAAGAGAUCACAGAGCUGAAGAAAAGACAUACUGAAUUAGGAGAGCUCUUCCAAACAGAGGACCAUAUCGCCUUCCUGCAAAAUUGCAGGUCUCUUUGUGUUCAGCCUGUGCCUGUUGACUUACCAGCAAUCACCUUUGAGCCAAACUUUGGGACCGUCAUGACAGCGGUAUCCGAGUUCCAAGCUCUCUUAGACGACGUCUGCCAAGGAGGAUUUGGCAAUAUUUCGGAGAAAGUGAAUGAUGUUACUAUUAUUCAGUCCACGAUACCAAAGGCAGAUUCAAACUUGGCUAUAGCAACACCACUACUCUUUGGCCAGACCGGACAAAAUCCUUUCACCAUAAAUGCCCCGACAUUUAGUCCAUUUCCAUUGUCAUCAAAUGGAUCCAGAGCAUUAAGUUCUCGUCAGAGACUGCAUCCACGGAGGAGACGCAAGUAGCAGCCAAAAACGCCUGAUUAGAACUGAGAGAGGAGGAUUAUGAUAGAGGCCAAAAGUGGUUUUAUUCAGUUUGUUUUAUGAAACAUGUAAAUGUAUAAAGACUGAAAGCAGCAUUAACCACACUCCAACAAAGACAGAUAUGUAAAUACAGAUACGUUUCAGUGUCUCAAAAUGUAAAUUUCUCAGUGGUAGCAACAUUAUAUAAAUUUCUGUUCUCUUACAAUUAAAGAUGUGUUUCGAGUGAAAGUUCAAAGUGUGAGAUGAUCCAAAUUUUUCAAGUGAUUACAUGUGAAUUAAGUAUUAAUCAUGCCUAUAUUAAACAGUGAUACAUAAGUGUAAUUGCUUUAUAAUUGAUGCUAUCUAUUUAUUCCUAAAAAGUACUGUAAAAGAUGUUGACUCUUCUUAACAUAUGUCUGAACUGUUUGUGUGUAUUAAACAAUGUUUAAUUGCAAGUAUUUUUAAAAUUAGGGUGCUAAAUGUAUAUUUUUCAUAACAUGAAAAAUAAAGUUUCUUCCAUGUAA